AUGGCCAGCAAAACCAGAAGAUCCAUGGCCAUUGCAAAGGCUGAAAAGGAGAAGAAGGCGAUCAAAGAAGAAGAAGAAGAAAAAGAGGAAGAAGAGGAAGAUGAGGAUGAUGAUGGACCACCACCAAUUUUGGAAAGAGAGGAGAGCUGUGGAGAGAACGGUGAAGAUGAUGAGAAGGAAGAAGAUGGAGGAGCUACAAGCACAAGAUCCACUGGAGAGAUCGCAGCAGAACCAGUCAUCGGAAACUUGAUGGAAGCGUUGGCUGGGGUUUUCUCUGCUGACAGUGAUUCUCUAGCUGUAAAGAAGAGAAAGUAUAAUGUUGUGCCAAAACAACUUGGCACUCGUGGACCAUUGCCAAAGUCGUUUCUUGGUUACCAAAAUGCUCGUCCUGCGUCCGUGUCACCGAUGUUGUCUUCUCGAACCACACCACCGACCCGUUCAAUGACAUCGGUUCCAGCGAAAAUAACCGCAGCUGCCAAAGAAUCAGCAGGAGCAGAGAAAAGUAAAUAUGGAUUGCCACCUCCGAUUCCGCCAUCGUUGAGAGGAGUUGCUGCAUCACUUGCACAAAUGAAUGGAGUUGGAUCAAACACUUCGUUGGGACCAGCAAGACUUUUGGAAAAUAGGAAACGUCAAUUGAAUGGAGAACUUGCGAUUCCUGGAAAACGAUCGUCAUUGGAGGUCUACAACGGAGGAAGAGCUGGAGAGAAGUUCAAUAAGAAGGUUCCCUCAACCGCAUCUUCUUCUGGAGCAUCGACGUCUUCAUCUACUUCUUCAACCACUACUGCAUUCGAUGUUCACUCAAUGCUACGUGAGCAGUCUCCAGUUCGAAUGCAAGUUUCGGUCGGAGCAGAUCACCAAAAUUCAAGCAGAGACACAAUGCAAGAAGCACUUGCACUGGCUGUCCAUCAAAAAGGAUCAAUUAUGAAUGUCGCCAAAAACGCAACAAAUCAUUCAUUGCUCAUCGGCACAAUGGUAAUGAAUGGACUGGCCACAUUACAAGCCACCAGCCCAGAGGACUUCAAGAACUUUUCCGGAGAUCUGUUUUCUCUCUUCACAAAGUACAACAUUCAUUAG